GUGAUACUAGCCAACGGACACAGAGCAAGGAGGACACUGACACAGCAAAGCUAUUACACAGCCUCUUAGCACACACCCACUUACACACACAAACACACCUGUGACUCCAGCACACUAUUCAGACCAGUACAGAGGAGGACCUUAGCCCGGGCAGAGGUGCAAUUAAAGCCGUGAACUCCCUGCUUGCAUCUCAGUAGUCAGCUGACUUUGACUACAGAAAAAUGCAUUUUCCAGUGUAAAGGGAGUGAGCCCGAGCCUGAGAGAUAAAGAGGAUCAUCUGACAUCAUCUCCAGUCAACAGCCUGCCUCAGAUUCAGUUAAACUGUCUGCAGCAGUCUCCCCCCCUCCUCCACCUCCACCUCCUGCUCCCAGUUCAAACAGCAGGUAGAUCGAGUUUCAUAAGUUAAGGACAGAUCAAUAAGAGGAGAGGAAAAGACCAGAGAGUCUAGAGGAGACUCCACAAGGAGAGAGUGGCCUCAUAUUUCUGAAGAUGGAACAGUCACAUCAGAUUUGGCACAUGCAGGUCGCCUCCCAGGACACUGCUGGAGAGGUGCACAAGAAGGUGUCAGUCAUAAGCCAGCCAGAGUGCUCCAUCUGCUACAACACCUACGAUAAUGUCUUCAAAACACCCAAGCUGCUGGAGUGCACCCACACCUUCUGCCUAGAGUGUCUCUCCCGCCUCAUGGCCUUCUCACAGGCUGAUCAGGACAGUAACAGCGGCAGCACUUGCCUCUAUUGCCCCUUCUGCCGUCAUCCGACCACACUGCCUGAGGAGGGACCCCCAGCCCUGACCACCAGCCGUGAGGUUCUUUGUAAGUUGCCCAGCCACCAGCAGCAGGAAGAGCCGGUGUGGCUGGAGGGGGAGAAGCUAUGCUACAAAAGUUCCAGGCAUGACACUGGAUCAGGAACUCUUGACAGUCCCCCGAAUUUCUGCAUCUGCAUUGACAUUGGGGCCAGCAAAACACUGGAUUCUCCGAUCCAGACGCAGGCUCGGACUUUUGGCUUUCUGGAUCGCCUGGGAGACUGGAAGAGGAUGUUGCUCUUCAUAGUGCUCAUGGUGCUGCUUAUUGUCGUCGUGUUAUGGCCACUGCAGUGUGUAUUCAGCACUGGAAACAUGCGCUGUAUUCGAGAACCUGUCAACCCCAACCUCACUACCACCACAACUACCAGGCCAACCAGUACUUUAGGUGACUGGACCUCACUUUAAAUGUAUAUAAUAUGACACAUUGGUAUUAUUUUAAAUAUUUGAACCACUUUAGGCAAGUGCACAUUUUUUAUUGCAACACAACAUCAACACCUCAGAUUAACCUGCCACAGAACCACAAACGUUAAAGACACUAUGUGUAGAUUGUUUUCAUUUCUGACUUUAGUACCCCCCAGUGGUGGUUUCAAAAUGACCCUGUGGCAGAGGCCAACAGGGCUGAAUGCAAGUAUAUUGUGUUAUUGUGUCAUAUGCCGUAAUACUGAUUUGAAUUAUUAUUUUUAAAUUAUAAUCACACACAGCAGGCUUUAACUGUUUCUCAGUUACAGUUGUACAUGAACAGUAGUAAAUAACCAAAUAGUUUCAGUGACACAAAACCUUUUGCACUUAAAUCAACACCUGUAGUUUCAAAUCUUGUUUUUGAUUUGGUUGUCAUAUUUGGACACUGGGUACGAUAUGUGUGGGUACAUGUGGGCAUGUCUGUACGAUCUGUUGCUGAACAUUCAGCGAUGACUUAGAGCGUUGGCGUAUCGAAGCCAAACAGUGAUGUUACAACACGCUGACCUUUAAUAAUGAAAUGUGAGCUUUGCUUUGCAAAUAUUUGGUUGGCUAAAGAACAACAUAUAAUCAAGUUUUUAGUGAAACAAGGCCUGCCAAGAAAGAAACCUAAUGGAAUCCCACUGUGCCAAAGAGGAGCUCAAACUUUAUACGUUGUACAUUUGACUUGUGUGUUUUGAUAUUCCUUUGUUUACAAAACUAUAAUAAAAAAGUGAGGUAGAUCAUGCUUCUAGGAAAUAACCAAACAUUUGACCAUGACAGCCUCAUUAUUAAGAUUCAUAUCAUUUGAUUGUGGUUUGUCAUAUUCAUGCAUUUCCUCAACAUCUUAAAAACUAAAUUUACUGCAGCAUCAGUUGGUGGUUUAAUCUGUGAGAACAGCAGGUGCUGUAAAUCCCCCUCAAAUAACACACAGUUCCUGAUGUGCUGGGAUGUAAAUUAAAAAAAAGAAGCAUUGGUUUCAGGGACGAGUUGCAAAACAGUCCAACCAUUCAGUGACCGCUGUUUGUCAUUUCCUCCUUGUUUGAACUCUAGACAUACACUACGUAUGACUAAACCUCCUCCGUCUUGACAGGAAGCCGCCUUUAUUUAUUCCCAGGCUAGUGGCGUCAGAUAAAGGAAGAGUUGGGCUGUGGGGAUUUCCGAGUAGGUCACUUAUGAUACACGGAUGAUAAGACCAUGACAUUAACUUUUUACAUUCAUUUAGAAGUGCCCGUAAUAAAAGUGCAACUUCCUCAAACCUCAUUUAAACUGCCAGUAACAAUGAUAAACCAGCAGAUCAGGGGGAGGCUGAGUCAUCGUUUUAAAAUGGCUUGAGGAUUAUUUUUUAAAUAAAUUAAAGGUAAAAUGAAAAAGACAAUAAUAAAUAUUGCAUGCAAAACAUUUAAAUUUAAACUCAAGCUUUUUUGUUAGUUGCCGUCAUUUUGCUCUGGGCCAUUUAAAAAAAUAAGCCUAUUAUGAAGCUGUCUGUGUGAUUUUCCUUCUCUUCUUCUCUUCAAUUAAACAGAACAAACAGCCAAUUUCUUUGUGGAUAGCAGCUACAUAAAGCUGGUUUAUGCAAGCUGUCAUGCUGCUCAUGUGUUAAAAUACUGAAAAUAACAAUAAUAAUAAAAAUAAGAGCACUAUUUUCAAACUCAUUAAUUCUUGCCCCCCUUCCUGUUUUACUUUAUUGCAAGUUAUAAAGCACAAUUUCUACCGGCCACUUCAGCCAUGAAAAAAUCUGUCAUCACGGGUGAGAUUGGUGUUUUUCUGGAAUGUCUUUUCAAUAUUAUUAUUAGUUAACUCGUGCUUAUUUUGCAAUAUUCAAGAAAGAAUCAAUUCAAACUCCCACCGCCCUGUGCCCUCUGCUGCACUACAAGGACUGCACCUGGAGGCAAGACAGUCCAGGAUACAAAAAGCUUACCUGUCACACUGGAAUGAAAGAGAAUCUUCGUCUCUGUUCCAGGUUUCAUAACAGAAACAAGCAAACAUUCAUGUGUAACUUUACAUAGUGCCAUCAUAGAUUUUUAUUAAACAAUAUGAUAAUAAACCAUUUUUGUGCCAUUGCUGGCAGCUCAUCGCAUCAGCAGUUGUAGCCUAUACAGCAAAAAAAAAAAAAAAAAAA